CCAAGAUGUCGACAAGCUGCAAAACUGAGCAUGAAAGGAUGAAAAAAUUCAAGAAUUUUGGCAAAAACAUACAGGAACUAAGGAGACAAAGGGUUGAAUAUUGUAUUGAAUUACGAAAAGCCAAAAAAGAUGAACAAAUCUUGAAGCGACGCAAUAUAGGCAAUUUUCAAGAUGGAGAUCCUUAUUCAUUACAAAAACCUGAGGGAGUUAGUGACUGUGAUAUGACUAUAGAAGAGAUUGUGAAGGGAAUGAACAGUCAAGAACCACUGCAACAACUGCAAGCUGCGUAUAAAGCUAGGAAAGUUCUGUCACGAGCAUGGAAACCUCCCCUGGAUGAGAUAAUUGAAGCAGGGCUGGUUAACAAGUUUGUUGAAUUCCUUGGUCGAGGUGAUCAUUCAGCACUGCAAUUUGAAUCCGCUUGGGCACUCACUAACAUUUCAUCUGGUACAUCAAUCCAGACAAAAGCCGUGGUAGAAGGUGGUGCUAUUCCAGCAUUUGUACAUCUCCUUGAUUCUCCACACAUGCACAUCAGAGAGCAAGCUGUGUGGGCUUUGGGUAACAUUGCAGGUGACGGUGCUCUUUAUCGUGAUGCAGUAAUUGAAAGUUCUGCUGUCCCUUCUCUACUGGGAUUGGUGAAACCUGACAUUCCUAUUGGAUUCUUGCGCAAUAUCGCAUGGACUUUAUCAAACCUGUGUCGCAACAAAAAUCCACAUCCACCCCUUGCAACAGUUCAACAAAUUCUUCCCACACUUGUUCAGUUGCUUCAUCAUCAUGAUGUUACACUUUUGUCUGAUGCGUGUUGGGCAAUAUCCUACCUUACUGAUGGUCCUAAUGAUCGUAUUGAAGUGGUGAUUCAGACUGGCAUUUUGCCAAGGCUUGUUCAAUUGAUGAGCAAUGUUCAACUGGCUGUGUUGACUCCUGCCCUCCGUGCUAUUGGCAACAUUGUGAGUGGGACUGACAGCCAAACAGAGGCUGUCCUUGAAGCUGGAGUUCUUUCUAUUCUACCAAAACUCCUGAAACAUCCCAAGACCUGCAUACAAAAAGAAUCUGCUUGGGCCAUUUCCAAUAUUGCUGCAGGACCUACGAUGCAGAUUCAACAAUUGAUUACUUGUGGAGUUAUAUCUCCUCUUAUUGAACUUAUGGAAAAAGGUGACUUUAAAGCUCAGAAAGAAGCUGUUUGGGCUGUUACUAAUUACACCAAUGGUGGUACAGUUGAACAAGUUGUUCACCUGGUGCAGUGUGGGGUGUUGCAACCUCUCAUUAAUCUACUGACUGUUAAAGACGCCAAAAUUCUUCUUGUGAUCCUGGAUGCUCUGGCAAAUAUCUUCCUUGCUGCUGAGCAGUUGGGUGAAACAGAUAAACUAUGUUUAAUAAUAGAGGAAUUUAAUGGCUUGGAGAAAAUUGAAGCUCUUCAAUUCCAUUCAAAUAAUAUGGUGUACCAAACAUCAUUAAAGCUAAUUGAGAAGUAUUUCUAUGAUGAGGAGCAAGAAGUUACAAACUUGGAGCCAGAAGCAGCAAAUGAAGAAAUGCCAUCUAAAGUAGAUCCUCCUCUGAAAGAUAGAUUUAGUUUUUGAAGCGUGCAGAAAAACAGUUGGUGCAAUAAUUUAUAGUAAAUGAUUUGUAUUUUCAGAAAUAAAUCUCUUUUGC